CUUGACGGCGUAUGUGCCCAUAUCCGAGCGCUGCAACUCUCCUAACUACCCAACGUUGCACGAGUCGCACGCUCGCCGUGAGUUUCUGCAGCGAGCCAUGGCUCCAGAUGUGAUCGUGGAGAAUGGACGAGGCGUUGAAGCGGUGCUGGAGUACUGGAGGUUUGUCUCCCUCUCGCAACCGACCUUCGAGAUCCGUGCUGCCAACGUGGAACAAGGUCCCGAAGGCUUCAUUGUCGCCAAGACGAAGACCAAAGUCGUUCUGUGUGAGGAGAUGCUGCGCCACGCGUUCCCGAAGCUGGGAGAAUCUGAGCGAGGGAGGAGUCUAGCUGUGAAGCUACUGACCAGCGAUUCGAGGCGAGUGGAGUCACGGUGUUCGGCUGGGACAAUGAAAAAGGCUUCGCCAGGAAGAGCUUCAGUCUGGAAGCAGACUCGGGUUCUGAGCUUGAGCAGCGAGUCGGACUGGAUGACGCCCAUGUUACGCUUGCUUGGCAAUGCGGAGGACUUGGCGUUUGUGUUUGACGGGGCUUAUCUUACGCUAGACGGUCGACUGAAUAUUGAUUAAUCCAU